UCUCUGAUUCAAUAUGGUAUCAAGAGCACUCUGAAUUUUCUUCCGCUUCGUCUCUGUUUUCAUCGCUCUUUUUGAGCGUUUUUCUUCAUCUUCUUCGUGCUUGCCUCUGCAACACGAGCUUCAGGAUCAUGGAGAAUUCCUCCAAUCCGUUUUUUCUGCACCAUUCUGAUAACCCUGGCUUGAUUCUUGUGUCUCAACCUCUCAAUGGCGAGAAUUACAAUUCCUGGAAUCGUUCUAUGAUGAUCGCUCUCAGUGUGAAGAACAAGCUUGGUUUCAUCAAUGGUGAUUUUCCACGACCUGCAGAUGAUGAUCCGCUUCUCCAGUCUUGGAUUCGUAAUGAUCAUGUGGUCAUGUCUUGGAUCCUCAACUGUGUAUCCAAGGACAUCGUCUCUAGUGUCAUCUGUUGUCGAUCUGCAAAGGAGAUCUGGCAAGAUCUUCAAGAUCGUUUUCAUCAACCUAAUGGUACUCGGAUCUAUCAGUUGAAGAAGGAUUUGCUGAAUCUUCAACAGGAAUCGCUCACUGUGACUCAGUUCUACACCAAACAUAAGGCGAUUUGGGAUGAAUUGCAAGAUUAUCUUCCUCAACGAAGCUGUGUUUGUGGUGAAAAUCGAGUUCUGCUCGAUUAUUUUCAACAAGAACAGAUCAUGCACUUUCUGAUGAGCCUUAGUGAUUCGUAUAAUCAGAUUAAGAGUCAUGUUUUGCUGAUGAAUCCUUUGCCUCCUAUGAAUCGCGUUUUCUCGAUGGUCCUGCAAGAGGAGAAACAACGCGAGAUUGCUGCCAGAUCUGCUGAUCUGAAUUCUGCUUUUGCUGCUCAGGCCACAAACUCUGGGAAAUCUGGAAAGAAGGAUCGUGACAGGCCUCUUUGUAGCUAUUGUGGAAAGCUUGGUCACUCAGUUGAUCGUUGUUUCAAGAAGCAUGGUUAUCCGCCAGGUCUCAAUUUCAAGAACAAGUCUUCUGCAGUUCAUCAUGUUGAUUCAUCUGAAGUUUCUGGAUCAUCAGUGCCUCAGGAUCCUCCUAUUACAUCAAGUCAGUAUCAACAAUUACUGUCUCUGCUGACUGCACAACUUGCAACUUCCCCGAUGCCUUCUUCGUCCACUUCUGAGCCUCUGCAGAUUCCUUCACCAACUGAUCUUAAAGGAAAACAAAUUGAAGACGAUUGGCAGGGGUGACACCCACAAUGGUCUUUACUACUUGCACGCAUCUUCCAACAAUGUUUUUAGUGCAUCAACCUCACCUUUAUCUGUUUUGAAUUCUCUUUGUAAUCAAUCUGUUUUUCCUUCUCAUUGUAACAAAUCCACUUGUACUGCUGCAUUAUGGCAUGCACGCCUAGGGCACCCUUCCUAUAAUAGGCUAAGUUUGUUGUCUUCUACUAUUCAU